AUGAUGGCAGCUGUCAAUGACACCACAUUCACACACGCCGUGUUCCUGCUCACCGGGAUACCCGGCCAGGAAGACGUUUAUCUCUGGAUCGCUGUCCUCUUCUGCACAUUGUAUGUUAUUUUGAUAGUAGGCAAUUCAGUCAUUCUGUUCAUUAUAAAGACAGAUUCAGUCCUCCAUGAGCCCAUGUACAUUUUCCUCUCCAUGCUGGCUGUCACAGACCUGAGCCUGUCAAUAGUUACCGGACCGACAAUACUGGGCGUGUUUUUGUUUAACUCUCGGGAGAUCAGCCUCCAUGCCUGUUUUGCUCAGAUGUUCUUCAUCCACUUCCUUCAAUCCAUUGAAACCUCUGUGCUCUUGUUGAUGGCCUUUGACCGCUUUGUUGCGAUCAGUAACCCGCUGAGAUACUCUUCCAUCUUAACGCUGCCGAGAAUAGCCAACAUGGGGCUGGUGUGUGUGCUCAGAGGAGUGACCGUCAAACUCCCACUCCCCCUUCUCCUGCAGCGGUACCGCUACUGUCGAGCCAACGUCCUCUCCCAUUCUUACUGCCUGCACCAGGACGUCAUGAAUAUGGCUUGUGCUGAGGUCAUGAAUAUGGCCUGUGCGGACAUCACUGUCAACAACAUCUAUGGCUUGGUUAUUACAGUUCUCACAGUGGGGUUGGACUCGCUGCUCAUCUUCAUCUCUUACCUCCUGAUCCUCAAAACGGUGCUGAGCAUCGCAUCCCGUACGGAGUUCCUCGUGGCCCUGAACACCUGCGUCUCCCACCUCUGCGCCGUCCUGCUCUUCUACACGCUGGAGUUCAGCCAGACUUUGGUGCACAGAUUUGCCAAGAGCUCUUCUCCCUUGCCCCAUGUGGUGCUGGGCUACAUCUACCUGCUGGUCCCACCCCUGAUGAACCCCAUCGUGUACAUUGUGAAAAGCAAACACCUGCGCGCCAGGAUCAUCAAGAUGUUCAUCAAGUUAUGGGGCAGUUUAUCACCCCGCUGUGAAAUGAGAGACAAGAAUCACAGGCCCCAGCAAGUUAUUCCUUCCUAG